AUGUAUUGGCCAGACAGAGAGAGAUGUAACCCACCACCCAGGUAUGCAUUACCUACAGGUGUAAGACUCAUCCCCGCCGAAUACACCGGGAGACAAUGUGUUGAUGCGUUCUCUCCUCCCUACUGUGUUUACAAACCGAAGCAAGCUGUCAACAAAAUUCAAAGGUCUGCAGAAGAUGAAGAACCUCGUGAGGGAAAAUCUCUCGGAAAAAUUUUUCGACGGUUUGCGGAAAAGACUGCCAUGCAAGGACCAGGUUAUAUACGUGAAUCUAAAAAAUGGUAUGCCAAGGCGGCCUGGACUAUCUUGCUAUUAGCCACCAUGGGGUGGAUGGCCUACCAUCUUAUUUAUCUGAUAGCUCAUUAUCUGGAAAAGCCUGUACAAACCACAAUUUCUUUGGGUUUCAACAAUCUACACUUUCCCUCAGUGACGGUCUGCAAUGUUAACGUGGUUAAAAUAAGCGCAGUGCCGUCUACCUCCAAGGAACUCAUGGCUCUGAUAGCUGCGGGAAAUCCAAUGCCUGGUGGUGCCGGCGGUCCUGGUGGUUCCGGUGGUCCCGGCGGUCCUGGUGGUGCCGGCGGUCCUGGUGGUCCCGGUGAUUCCGGCGGUCCUAGUGGUCCCGGUGAUCCCCCUGGUGGUGGACAACCGCCUCCUGGUCGUAAAAAGGUAGCAACAAGAAUUCGCUCGGGACACCAGAUUGGUAUCAUGCUCAUGGACUGUUCCUAUAAUGGGCAUAAAUGUUACUCUCAUGAUUUUACAUUAAUCAAUACUGCAGAGUACGGAAACUGUUUCACGUUACAUUCAGAAAAAUUUAUUGCUAAAGAAGCCGGACCAAAAUCAGGUCUUUCUCUCAUAUUCUUCACCGAAAACGACGAGUACAUUGAUUCGAUCAGCCAGGGCUAUGGGUUACGAUUACAUGUACACCAGCCAGGAAGCUUUCCUAAUCCAUACGACAAAGGAUUAUCAAUACCAACUAGCUUCCAUUCAAAUAUAGGCUUACGGGUGAGAGAUAUUAAAAGAGUCACUCCCCCUUACAGACAGUGUGAAGACGGAAUUGAAUUUGAGAAGAAAAAUGGGUUAAAAUACACCCGAGAUUUUGCAGAGUUUGCAUCCAACAUCGGCGGCGCUAUUGGUCUAUGGAUAGGAUUGUCUGUGUUGGCAAUGUUUGAAGUUGUCCAGUUGAUGAUUGAACUUUGUGCUUACGGCUUCUAUCUGUUAUGUGGCAAAAAGCGGAAAAUCAAAGACCAGUUGCCUGGUGGUCCCCCUGGUCCUGGUGGUCCGUCUGGUCCCGGUGGUCCCCCUGGUAGUGGACAACCACCUCCUGGUCGAAAAAAAGAGGAAUUCCGAUACUUUGGAGCUACAUGA